UAGCUAGAUUGUAGAUUUUUUUUUUAUUUAAUUAUGAUUAGUAUGAGCACUUGGAAUUAAAUAGUUUUUUACAUUAUUUUUACUCGUCUUUUAUUGGAAUGAGUUGAUUGAUCGAGUUUAAUUAAAUUUUUAUUUCAUCAAAUAAUCAACUCUUUAACACGUUAAAUUAUCUAUUUCGGAUAUAUAUGAGUUUCUAAAUGAGUAAAAUCAGAUUGUGACAUUGUGUAAAGUGAUCUUGUAUUCUUGAACUUUAGUGGUACUAUAAUAUAACAGUAGUAAGAGUAUGAUUUAAGUCUACAUUUGUUAGAUUGUGUUAGGUGAGGCUUGAUUAUUGAUUUGGGUGAAUAUUGUUGCUAGAUUUGGUCCUUUCUACCUUCUUGUUAUGACUUUUGAGACCAAUGAUAAGGAGAAACAUUACGAAGUACGAGGCAUUAUUGGAAUUAGGAAGAUCGAAAUGAAGAAAUUUUACUAAUUAAGUUGAUAAGAAAUACUAUGUAUUUUAUCUUAUCAUAAAGAUAAAUAGAAAUAUGAUGUUAUAUAUAAAAUUCGUAUGUAUAAAGGAGUAAAUUAAAAAAGUUUAUAAGAAUUCUAAACUCUCACCAAAACAUCAACUAAUUCUUAUCUUCUAUAGUUACUUUUGAAAACAAUAUUUUUUAUCCUUCUUAUCGGCUUGUAGUUCAUUUCAUUAGUUAACUCCGAUCAAUCAAUUUCAUCUAUAUUUUUUCAGAAGUGGUAAAGCAUUUAAGUAUUAUUAUUUGCCAAUAAAUGAUUUACACUUUGAGGACGACAUAAACUCAUCUUUACAACCUAUUUCGUUUAAACAAAGAUAUAUUUUUAAUUAUAAUUAAUUAAUUAUCAGUGUCUUGCAUUAUUACUUUCUACUUUCAGCCUUUCGGGUUACGACACCUAAGCCGUGGAAAGGAUCUCGUCCUCAAAAGAACAAGCUUCCCAUGACCCCCAGUUUUGCUUUCAAUUUACAAAGUAUCUCAUUCCAACACAACAUGUGGCAUCUAAUGCGGAUGAGAUAGAUAAACCUUUAAUUUUCUAUAAUAAUGAGUUUGACAAAAUUAUGAUUUCUUUAUAAAAUGAUGAAAAUGACAACAUGCUAAUGUGUUACAUUAGAGUAUUAGACCUACCUAUAUAAAACAAAACAAAAAAAAUAGCACAACUUAUCACAACUUUAUUCAAUCUUCCUAUCAUAUAAAUUGUUUACCAAACCCAAAAAACACAGUAGAUAAAAAUUGCAAGAAACAAACCAAAAAAAAAAAAAAAAUGGAGGAAGAAGAUUUAAUACCCAGAAAUCAAAAAAAGUGUUUUAAUCGAGUAUUAUCUCAUGCACAAGAUGAAUUGCAAAGUUAUCGAAUUUAUCUACGUUGGAUGUGCGUGGACCAAUCAGAUUGGUUGAAUACAUUGAUAUCAUGGUCUGUAUUUCUGAUAUUUGCAAUCAUAGUCCCUGCAUUUUCGUAUUUUUACCUCACAUGUCCUUCGUGUGAUGACAAGCAUAGACAACCAUACGACGCCGUUGUGCAGCUCUCAUUGUCAAGCAUUGCAACGCUGUCGUUUCUUUGUCUUUCUCAUUUUGUGAGGAAGUUUGGUGUGAGGAGGUUCUUGUUCUUUGAUAAGCUUUACAAUGACAGUGAUUCUGUUAGGCAUCAUUAUACUUCCCAGCUCAAAAGAUCAUUGAACAUUCUGUGUAUAUUUGUUAUCCCAUGUUUUGUAGCUGAAUGCGCAUAUAAAGUCUGGUGGUAUGCUACUGGGGCCUCCCGAAUUCCCUUCUUGGGUAAUGUCAUCUUGAGUGAUGUUGUAGCCUGCUCAUUGGAGCUAAUCUCAUGGAUUUAUCGGACCUUAGUCUUUUUCCUGGUCUGCGUCCUCUUCCGUCUGAUAUGCUACCUCCAGAUAUUGCGGCUGAAGGAUUUUGCGUCUGUUUUUGAGGUAGAUUCAGAUGUGGCUUCUAUUCUAAUAGAGCACCUGAGGAUCAGGAGGCACUUGAGGAUCAUAAGCCAUCGUUACCGUGCAUUUAUUUUAUUUUCCUUAAUAUUGAUCACUCUGAGCCAGCUUACUUUCCUGGUGUUGACUACCAAACCUAAUGCUGAUAUGAGCAUAUUCAGGGCCGGGGAACUAGCACUCUGUUCUGUGACUCUAUUGGCAGGGUUGAUGAUAAUACUGAGAAGCGCUACAAAGAUCACACAUAAGGCACAGGCAAUCACCGCUCUAUCAGCCAAGUGGCAUGUUUGCGCGACGAUUGACUCCUUUGUCACCUCUGAGACUGAAUUACCAGGAGCAAACCAUACUAAUGCAGGUCUCUUUGAUCCUAGGAGCUUAGAUUCAGAUGACGAUGAUGCAGGAUCUGAGGAAGACGAUGUUGAUACUACCAAAUUGCUCCCAGCUUAUGCCUACAGCACGAUCUCAUUCCAGAAACGACAUGCUCUCGUUACAUAUUUUGAGAAAAACCGAGCUGGAAUUACGUUGUAUGGAUUUAUGCUGGAUAGAACUUGGCUCCAACUUAUUUUUGGUGUUGAAUUAUCCUUAGUACUCUUCUUGCUCAAAAAGACCAUCAAUUUUUGACGAAGUAAUAAUCAAAUUUUUAGUGAUUUGGCUCCUAAGAACAAAUGAUUCAUAUCGAACUCCUGCUUGAUCUCCAUGAAUCUCUCCCUUUCUGCCAUUUGGAGUGAGCAAGGGGUUGCAGCCUUGCCGGGCUGAAGAGAGAGACAGAGAGUUUAAGCUGAUGUAUGACUUGUUUCGCACUCUUGGUUCGGUCUUCCUACAAAGAGGCACCAUUGCAGUAUAGUGAGCUUGACCAUUUUGUUCAGUAUUUAUAAUGUUCUAUACUCCUUCCUAUUGUCGAUUCUUAGAACUUACACCACCACCACCCCCCCCCUUUUUUAAUAUUGUAAUUAACAUCCCCGCUCUCCGUGGUAUAUCAUAUGUGCUUUUUUUUUUGGCUGGCUUAUGUCAUACUGUAAUCAGUGCAAUUGUAUAGCAGUAUGGGCUUGCAUAUUCCUGUAAUAUGGUCCGAUCCUGUGCUGUAAUCCUACGACUGUAUGGUCCUGUGUUGUAAUCUUAUGACCAUACGCUUUUGUGUUGUAGUCUUAUGCCUGCGUGUUGUAUUCUUAUGAGUUAUGACAUAAAGAUAAUGGAAGAUUUGUUUUUAAUUUUUUGCAA